AACUUUACAUCGAAAAAGAAGACUUUCAACCAUGAAAAUGCUUAAGUUAUCUCUCAUCGUCUUCUUGAUAGUUUUCAUGAAUGGGGUUUUUUCUUCUCCGCCAGAUGACCCCGUCGAGUGCGCUUCCGGCAACAAAGACUGCACCAUUACCAACUCCUACGGUGUCUUCCCUGAUCGGAGCACCUGCCGAGCUUCCCAAGUACUGUACCCAACCACGGAGCAAGAGCUGAUAUCCAUGGUGGUUUCGGCAUCAAAAUCCAACACAAAAGUGAAAGCAGCCACCAGAUAUUCCCACAGCAUCCCCAAGCUUGCUUGCCCUGGAGGCCAAGACGGGAUCUUGAUAAGCACAAACAAGCUCAACCAUAUAGUGAAGGUGGAUGCAGAGAGCAGAAGGAUGACGGUGGAGAGCGGGGUCCUUCUGAGAGAAGUGAUCAGUGAAGCGGCGAAGAAAGGGUUGACUCUGCCGUAUACGCCGUACUGGUGGGGAAUAACGGUGGGGGGAUUGUUAGCGACGGGGGCUCAUGGGAGCUCGCUGUGGGGGAAGGGCAGUGCAAUUCAUGAGUAUGUGGUCUCGAUGAGGAUUGUGACGCCGGCGACGGCGGAAGAAGGGCAUGCGAAGGUAAGGAGCCUGAGUGAGUCAGAUGAAGAACUGAAAGCAGCCAAGGUUUCUCUUGGGGUUCUCGGGGUUGUUUCUCAGGUGACCCUACAGCUAGAGCCCAUGUUUAAACGAGCUCUUACAUAUGUGGAAAAGGAUGAUUCAGAUUUGGGAGAGGAAUUGGUGAGGUUUGGAGAAAAGCACGAGUUUGGUGACGUAGGGUGGUUUCCAUCACAGAAGAGGGCAUUGUAUAGAGUUGACGAUCGAGUUUCCUUCAAUCACUCUGGAAAUGGUCUCUAUGAUUUCAUCCCUUUUCGUCCCACUCUCACUGCUACUUUAGCUGCUACCAGAGGCACUGAGGAGCUUCAAGAAAAAACAAGGGACGCUAAUGGCAAAUGCGUUGGUGCCAAGCUGGUGACUGGAACGCUCAAGACCGCUGCCUAUGGCUUGACUAACAACGGUAUACUCUUUACUGGGUACCCCGUGGUUGGACCAAACAAUCGCAUGCAAUCAUCUGGCACCUGCCUAGACAGUUUAGAAGACGGAAAAAUCACCAUUUGCCCUUGGGAUUCUAGACUCCAACUCCAAUUCUUCCACCAAACAGCCUUCAGCAUCUCCUUGUCUAACAUUCCAGGCUUCAUCAAAGAUGUGCAGAAGCUAGUUGAAUUGGAGCCACAAGCACUGUGUGGAUUGGAGCUCAACAAUGGAAUCCUGAUGCGCUAUGUCAAAGCGUCGAGUGCUUACAUGGGGAAAACAGACGACGCUGUUGAUUUCGACAUCACUUACUUUAGAAGCAAGAAUCCUUUAUCUCCGAGGCUUUUUGAGGACAUUUAUGAGGAGAUUGAGCAGAUAGGGUUGUUCAAAUAUGGAGGCUUACCCCACUGGGGAAAGAACAGGAACUUAGCAUUCGUUGAAGCGAUCAAGAAGUACCCAAAUGCUGACAAGUUCUUGAGCGUGAAAAACAAGUAUGAUCCUCAAGGGAUUUUCUCUAGCGAAUGGACAGAUCAGGUUCUAGGGCUGAAAGAAGGCGUGGCAAUAUUGAAAGAUGGAUGUGCUCUUGAAGGUUUGUGCAUUUGCUCAGAAGAUCGUCACUGUGCACCAAGCAAGAAGUAUUAUUGCCGGCCUGGAAGGGUUUAUAAGGAAGCUAGGGUCUGUGCUUUCGACGCUAGUGCUAAGUUGAAGGACGAGCUUUGAAGAUAGGAUGCUUCGAAUCAAAAGAGGGCAUUUCAUAAUGUACUAAUAAUAUUUUGAGACGUGCUGAUCUUUUGUCGUAGAAACACUUCCAUUUAUGGUCUCUGAUAUUAAUUUAAUAAAAGGAGUAUGAUUCUUGUAAUAA